CCAAUUCGAGCAACGCGGUUCCACAGUUCUGUAUCAGUUGUCAUCGUGAACACAUCUAGUGGCCAUAAAAUACAAUCAGUUUAAUUUACUCAGUGUAGUGAGCUUUAGUUUAGUUCAAAUUAGAUUAUUUAGUGUUUAUUCUGUGUGUCUGCUGCGGUGUCCCGUACGAAUAGAGCCCGGAUGUUUAUGCAAAUGCAUAUUUUCAUAUGAGACAGAUCAAGCAAUGGAACCGGAUCAGAGAUCGGUCAAGCGACCACUGGGACUGAUCCAUGGAAAGUUACGAGGACGACGACGACACUCAUUUCUGUAUAAAAUGUCACCUGACGGUGCACGGUCUCGAAAGCUACGUGCGACACCGUCAGUCCGGGUGUCGUCCGCCGGACGACAAGAACGAAGCCGUUCGCGUGUCACCGACGACACCGACCACCGUUUCCUAUCCCGAAAUACUGAACGCGGACGCGUUCUUCAGCUCGCUGGAAUUGCGAAGCAGCACGAAGCCCGAUUCCCGAAGAGCGUCCGCUUUGCUGGAGGACAGCAGGAAACUGAAGAAAGAUGACAAAAGGAAAAAAAGCCAAAAGAUGCAGACGGACGCAGAAGAAACAGCGGCGAAAGAGAAGCUUCACAGUAUGCUGCCCGGUGUCACGGAACUCGAAGACCCGACCGAGCAUCUCUGCAUUCCUUCCCUCGUUGGUUUUCCCGAGAUCGUUUCAUCCGCGUCCAGCGGCAAGCCUACGAUAACGGGCAGUCGGAACAAAUUAAACCAAUCGAUGAGCCACCACGUCGCUACAAGCAUCGAGAGCGGCGCGUUCCCGGCGAAACACGAGCCGGAAAACUCUUUGGAGAGUCUGAUGACGUCUCACGAGUCCAAGCAGACGGACAGAAAGAGACAGGAGGAGACACAGAGGAUCGAACAAGUUCAUCAGACGUGGCUAGAGGAUACGAUAUUGGCCGAGUUGGUGGCCAACAACGAGAACAAAGACCUGCCUAGGUACGAGUUCGAGUAUCAGCAGGACGAGGACUCGGAGGACGAUAUAUUGGAGGAAGAUUUGGGGGAGGAGGACUCUUAUUCGGAGUCCGAGGACGGGGAGGAUCGUGAACGUCCACCGCGCGGUCAUACCGGCGGCAAAUGGAAACCCGGAUUGGAAGAUCUACCCCAAAAUAUGUCUCAACUUCAGGACGACGAUGUAGAGCCGGAUGAGGAACACCAUUCGGAACAUCCACCGCCGACUUACACCGGUGGAAAAUGGCGACCUUCCGAGAGCUCGCAGAAGAUCGAAGAGUACGUAGCUAAGAGCAACAUCGGACAACCACCACCCCCGGGACACACGCGAGGGAAAUGGAUUCCGGGAGCGCAAACGGAUAUCGAGUCGGGAUAUUGGUGCAGUCCUUGCGGCAGGAAGCUUGCCUCUCGAUUGGUCUACAACAGGCAUCUUUUGUCCGAUUUGCACGCGAGAAGGAGCAUCUGCGAAAUCGAUACAGACUUCUGUCAGUCGCGUGCCGGGCACCUGCAGCCCCCGAAAAAGACAUCCACGCGUAAUCAAAGAAUCAAAGAGGUACCAGAGACGAAGGAGGCGAAGAAGAGUUUGAGAAGAAGAGAAAAGGAAAUUCUGAACUGCGAGAUGUGCCACGCUCGGGUGAGACGGGCUCAAAUGGGCAAGCAUUUGCUUUCUCAUUAUCAUUGCCGCGUCGCCGGUGUAAAUCCUCGCGGACUGCGGGCGCGUCGGUUUUUACUGGAGAACAUGGCAAAUGUGGUUCGACAGUGUCCCUUUCAGUGUUCCUCUUGCCGAUUUUACUGCAACACGGAGGAAACGUUUCUGCUCCAUUGGCGAUCCGAUCUUCACGCGUACACUCUCAAGCAGAUCUGCGGCAGCUACAGAUGCACCCCUUGCAACUUUUGGUGCGAGGAGAACGAAGCUAUGGACAAUCAUUUGUCGAGUACCAGCCAUCGUGACGUUGUCUCGAUGAUGAACGGAUCCGUGCCGGUGGUGAUCGGUCGUUAUAGAGCGUUAAUCUGUCCCGGUUGCGAGCGUCGAUUCCGUUAUAAUUUCCAGCUUCGAUUGCACACGAAGGAAACCGGUCACGAGGAAUGCUUGACCGCGUCGGACGCGUAUCAGCAACGAAUCAAGUGCAAUCUUUGCCCUCGAAUCGUUCGGUCUCUGGUGGCUCUUCAGCGCCACCAAUUGACUCGUCACGACGGGAACACCGACGAGAAACGAGAGCCGAACGUCUCGACGCGGCCGAAUCCGUAUUUCUGUUCGUUCUGCUCGAUGAAUUUCGCGACUGCUCAGGAAGCGGUGCUGCAUCGACGAACGUCCAGACACAAGGAGAUCGUGAAAGCUCGGAAGAACGGUCAGGAUUCAGUAGCGAGUACAGCCCGUGAGUGUCCACAUUGCGAGGAGAGACAAGCAAAUUUGUCCGAGCACAAAGAACACCUUCUCCGCGAUCAUUCCGAGCUUUGUCACAGAUGUCCCAAAUGCGGCACGCUUUUUGCCCUCUCGCAAGACGUGACGAGACACACGAGGGAGAACGGCUGUCUCGGCGAUAACAAAUUAGACGCGACGGAAACGGCAGACGUCAAAAACGUAUGGAAAUGCGGCAGCUGUAGUUUCUCAACGGAUUCGCGAGCGGAAUUCAUCUUUCACGAAGCUCUGCACACCGGAAUCGUUCGGGACGAUAACGCAACGGCAGGGGACAAGGAUCGAGACCACGGGAAAUCGGUACCGAAAUAUUCCUGUCCCGUUUGCGGGAAAGCGUUCGGCAAAGUAUCGUUGCGGAAUCACAUCAGAAGUCACACCGGCGAACGUCCGUUUCCGUGCGCGAGAUGCUCGGUGUCUUUCACGAGACGAUCAGACCUGAACGCCCAUCAGAAAGAGUGCACGGGGGCCUCGACGUCGGCGGGAUGGACGAACGGAUCCACGCGGAAACGUAGCUUUGCUUGUUCCGAGUGCAACGACGCUUUCUACACAAAGCACGCUCUACGGCAGCACAUGCUACGUCACGCCGGGAAAAAGUACAAGUGCGGACUUCCGGGCUGUCCCACGGUCCUGCGAACGGCCGCCGAAUUGAGAUCCCCUCACGACGCUAACUCGUCCGAUAAACAACAUCAGUGCACGGACUGCUCUUACGCGGCGAAAACAAAAUCCCAACUACGCAGACAUCGUAGCCGCCACGAAGAUCCCACGAAAGCCAGCAACUCGGAGUCGUUACGGGCCUGUCCUUACUCGGGAUGCGCUUUUAAAACGAAACUCGCCUCUCAUUUGCAGCGGCACGUGCGCUUGCAUACGGGAACCAAGCCGUACAAGUGUCGGCAUUGCGGUUACGCGAGCAACAACUUGGAAAACCUGAGGAAGCACGUCCUCUCUACUAAUCUGCAUCCCGGCAAAACGAUCUACGAAUGCGACGUUUGUCGUGUAAAAGACGCCGAUCCGUUUCAGACGAAUUUCGCGAAAGAACUCCGGGCCCAUCUCGCGGAGGCGCACGAGGACGUUUUUCCUACGCCUAGUCACGCGGCCGAAUACGUUCUCGGAAUUUUCCAAGUUCCCCGUGAUUCGUCGUCGGAUUUCGUCGAAGAGCCGAGUUAAUUCUCGCGAGAUUGUUUUUCUCGGCCGUGUCUGGUUGCCUCGUAUUUCCGGCGGAGAACGUCUACCGGUUGGAGAGGGCAAAUUUAUGGGGCGCGCGAGCGUGAGUCCGCGUUAAAAUUGUUGGAACGGCCACGUGGAACCCUGGGUACGCCACGAACGGU